AUGAAAUUUAUUGCGAAAUUUAUUAUUUUUAUUAUAAUUGGGUUUAUUGGUAGCAUUUCUUCUAUUCCUAUAAUAGUAUUUAGUGAAAAUGAAUAUGAUGAUUAUAUUGUAAUAUUUCGUGAAUCAGUUGAUAAUAUAAAAGUUCAGAGACAUUAUUUAUGGAUUUAUGAUCAUUUAAGAUGGUUUCAGCAAUAUAAAAAAGAAAAAUUUGGAAUUGAUAAUGAAAAUACUAAUAUACAUGACUGGUUAAAAUAUGAAUUUAAUAUUUCUGAUAAACUCAGGGGAUAUCAUGGGAGAUUUUUAAAAGAAUUCGUGAAAUAUAUUGGUGAAUAUGAAGAUAUAGCAUUUGUUGAGAAAGAUCAAUAUGUUCAUGCAUUGUCUUUGCAAAAGAAUGCUGGAUGGGGUUUAGCGCGACUUUCUCAUAGGAAUACGCUUAAUUUUUCUACUUUUAAUAAAUAUGAUUUUGAUUCUUCUUCUGGUCAGGGAGUUACUAUUUAUAUAAUUGAUACGGGAAUUAAUAUAGAACAUACUGAUUUUGGGGGUCGAGCAAAGUGGGGAAUAACUGUACCUUCUGAUUGUGAAAAUAUUGAUGAUAAUGGACAUGGUACUCAUGUAGCUGGCAUUGCUGCUGGUUCUACUUAUGGUGUGGCAAAAAAUGCUAAUCUUGUUGCUGUAAAGGUGUUGAGGAGUGAUGGAUCUGGGCUUUUAAGUGAUGUUUUAAAAGGCAUUGAAUGGUCAAUUAUGAUGCAUUUAAAAGAUGUUGAAUCUAUUAAAAAUAAAUCCUCUUUUAAAGGUUCUGUUGCUAAUCUGUCUUUGGGAGGCAUAAAAAGUAAAAUUUUAGAUUACUUUGUAGACAUUGCAGUGAGUUUAGGUUUACAUUUUACAGUGGCUGCUGGAAAUGAAAAUGAUGAUGCAUGUAAUUAUUCUCCUGCUUCUUCUAAAGCUGCUAUUACUGUUGGUGCUGCUACUAUUUUAGAUAAUAAAGCAUAUUUUUCGAAUUUCGGAAAAUGUGUUGAUAUUUUUGCACCUGGUCAAAAUAUUAUUUCUGCAUGGAUUGGUAAUAAUUUAGCAACUAUGCCUCUUUCCGGGACAUCUAUGGCUGCUCCAUAUGUAUGUGGAUUGCUUGCUUAUUUAAAUUCUUUAAUUUUCAGAAAUUCUACAUAUGAUAUUUUUUUUACAUCUGAAAUGCUUAAAAAAAAAAUUUUAGAUCUAGGGACUAAAGGAAAAUUGCAUGAUAUACCCCCAUUUACUGCUAAUAUUAUUGCAUAUAAUGGAUACGAUGAAAAUACUAAUUCUUGAUAUUAUUUUAAUUAUAUCAAACAUUAAUAUAUAGAUUAUUAGCAGA